GCAGGAUGGAGCGGAGACGGGUUACCUCUGCACGCCGCUCUUAUGCCUCCUCUGAGACCGUGGUCAGGGGCCUCGGUCCUAGUCGACACCUGGGUACCAUGCCGCGGGUCUCCCUGUCUAGAAUGACUCCUCCACUCCCUGCCAGGGUGGACUUCUCCCUGGCCGGGGCGCUCAAUGCUGGCUUCAAGGAGACUCGGGCCAGCGAGCGCGCAGAGAUGAUGGAACUCAAUGACCGCUUUGCUAGCUACAUCGAGAAGGUCCGCUUCCUGGAACAGCAAAACAAGGCGCUGGCAGCUGAGCUGAACCAGCUUCGAGCCAAGGAGCCCACCAAACUGGCCGACGUCUACCAGGCGGAGCUUCGGGAGCUGAGGCUGAGGCUGGACCAGCUUACAGCCAACAGUGCCCGGUUGGAGGUGGAGAGGGACAAUCUCGCACAGGACCUCGGCACCCUGCGGCAGAAGCUCCAAGAGGAAACCAACCUGAGGCUGGAGGCAGAGGGCAACCUGGCUGCGUAUAGACAGGAGGCAGAUGACGCCACCCUGGCUCGUGUGGAUCUGGAGAGGAAGGUUGAAUCGCUGAAGGAGGAGAUCCAAUUCCUGAGGAAGAUCCAUGAGGAGGAAGUUCGAGAACUCCGGGAGCAGCUGGCCCAACAGCAAGUGCAUGUGGAGAUGGAUGUAGCCAAGCCAGACCUUACAGCAGCCCUGAGAGAGAUUCGCACCCAAUACGAGGCCAUGGCCACCAGUAACAUGCAAGAGACAGAGGAGUGGUAUCGGUCCAAGUUUGCAGAUCUCACAGAUGCUGCUUCCCGCAACGCGGAGCUGCUCCGCCAGGCCAAGCACGAAGCUAAUGACUAUCGCCGCCAACUGCAGGCCUUGACCUGCGACCUGGAGUCCCUGCGAGGCACGAACGAGUCCCUGGAGAGGCAAAUGCGGGAACAGGAAGAGCGCCAUGCGCGGGAGUCGGCGAGUUACCAGGAGGCACUGGCUCGGCUGGAGGAGGAGGGCCAAAGCCUCAAGGAGGAGAUGGCCCGCCACCUGCAAGAGUACCAGGAUCUACUUAACGUUAAGCUAGCCCUGGACAUCGAGAUCGCCACCUACAGGAAAUUACUGGAGGGCGAAGAAAACCGCAUCACCAUUCCUGUGCAGACUUUCUCCAACCUCCAGAUCCGAGAAACCAGCCUGGACACCAAAUCCGUGUCAGAAGGCCACCUCAAGAGGAACAUCGUGGUAAAGACGGUGGAGAUGCGAGAUGGUGAGGUCAUUAAGGAGUCGAAGCAGGAGCACAAGGACGUGAUGUGAGGUGGCCCCACCUGUUGGCCCUUGCUGUACAGUGGGAGGGCCCACCGGUCCUCAGAUAGUCCUGUUUGCAAGGCCCAGUUCCCAUCCACACCAGCGCUUCCUUUCCUUUGUUUUUAUGCCCUGUGUGCUGACCAAGGCUCAGUCAGUGCUGAGCCUCACGGAUGGCACAUACCCUGCACCUCCAACUAACAGGAUACUCACCCCAAAAGGGGCAGUCAGGAGGGGAGAGGCCCCCAGCUAGGUUAGAACUGGAAGGAAAGAUGUGCAGGGCAAGGAGACUUAACAAAUCACUUCCUUCAUCCUUGUUGUUAUGGAAACUGUUGCCAGAGCUGGAGGUCUCUGGGAACCGGACUUUGAGUUUCCGCAGGCUGCCGGAGCAAGACAAAAAUUCAGACCGAAAGGAAAACUCCCCAAGGCAAAGUAUCUCUAGCCAGAGACCUAUGUAUCCAGAAUAAUCCUGACAAUCUAGGAGUGGGUGGGGCAGACCUGCUACCUGGACUGGCCACUAAGGCAGUCCUGGAGGGCCCUCAGGAGUGAUGACUCAGUGGGUCAGCCCCACUGAGCAGCUCUGCAGGUUGACAGCCCACGAGCAUGUGGAAACUUGGUUCUCAGCACUUGGCAGGAUCUAUGUACGGCAUAAGUGGGGAGGGAAGGUGUACUGGAUGGUGUAGAGGAGGCUCCCUGACCCGUAAGUGCGGAUGCAGAGAGGGGGAGCCCGGGAAGGCUCCCCUGCUCAGGCUGUAGGCGUGCACAUUUGGACAUUGGAGUUGGAAAUUGUAGGUAACCAGUUACACUUGGCUCUGAACCCUAGGAAUCAGGGAAUGACCGGUGCUCACAUAGACACUGAAAUGGGGUCGGGGGGACUUCCUCCACUGGGCAGGGCACAGCUGCGUUGCUCUCAGUUGUGAAGGUCUAUUCCUGGCUGCUCAGUCCCCAUCCACUUGGUCAUCUCACCAUGUGACUGCUGCUUCUCAGUUCAGAAGAACCACAACCAUCCUUCCAAGGUUCUCCAUCCCCACGAUGACUAGCUGCUGUUCUCCAAGCCAAGGGACAAUUCCCUUUCUUAUGCAUAUACAUGAUACCACCUAUUUAGGUAUCAUCCUACUUGACAGUUUGGGAAACUGAGGCAUGUUGUCUUCGAGCAGCCUGGAGGCAAGUGCCUUCAUAUUAGAGCACCUUCUCUGGAGCUGAUUGGUGGGCAGGUAGGGAAGAAACCAAGCUGAAAGUGUCCGCUCAGUUGUCCUUCUUUCCCCUCCAAGGUCCCUCCCUCUUCCCAGGACCUCGUACGCCCACCCCACUCCUUGCCACCUCUGCUAACCGUCAGAGCACUGUUGUCGCCUUUGCU